ACGACACCGUACAGUCGUAUGCGCAAGUAGUUUAUCCGUUUAAUCAAUCACUCCUUCAGUUGACAGACUUGACAGUUGACACCCUCUCCUCACUCUCUGUGCUCGUCGUUAAGCAACAACUCCUACACAGUAACGAAAGCUACAAUUUUCACUUCGUCGGAAAAUAUGGCGCAUUACGCUAUUAUCCUUUCGUCACCGGCACCAUUGCCGACUUUCCGCCGUAUUUCUCACUUUACCGGCGAAUCGCCGACUUCUACUUCCUCUUUCUUCUCCGACCUCCGCCUUCCUUUUUGCCGGUUACAUCAACGAAGAAGCAACUGUAGAAACGUUAGGUUUUGCACGGUUGUGUGUGCUUCUGUCAAGGGUAAAGAGUAUUCCCCCUUAGCGUCAGAUGCUGUAGUGAAGGAGCCACAUAAAUAUUUCGAUCAGGUAAUCAUCAGUGUUCGUGCUGGUGAUGGGGGCCAUGGGGCAAUCUUUAAAUUUCCCAAACAAAAGGCUUCUUCCAAACUUGAGAAUAAACAUGAUAAGGCAGGGGAUCGGAGGAAGAAAGUUUCGUACAAAAGGGACAGCGAUGGAUCAGUUAUACUUCCCUUUGGUGGACAUGGAGGUGAUGUUGUGAUUUAUGCUGAUGAGAGUGAAGAUACAUUGUUAGAGUUCCACAAGCAAAACCGGCAUAAAGCAAAGCGUGGUGGAAAUGUCGAUGCUAUGGGUGUUCUGAACUCCAAAAAACGAGAUGGAGCUGCUGCUCCAACACUGCGAAUACCCGUUCCUUUAGGAACUGUUGUAAAACGGAAGCGGGGAAAACUUUUAGCAGAUCUUGCCAAUCAUGGUGACGAGGUUCUUGUCGCAAGGGGCGGACAAGGAGGGAUAAGCCUAUUGGAAAUGGCAGAGCAAACAAAGAGUGUGAUGGCAGAUUUAACAGCAAACAUACUGAGAGAUGACAGCGAUAAGGUUUUAGUCCUUGGUCAAGCUGGGGAAGAAGUCAGUUUGGAAUUGAUACUCAGAGUAGUUGCUGAUGUUGGUCUUGUGGGGCUUCCAAAUGCUGGAAAAUCUACACUUUUAUCAGCUACUACACUUGCAAGACCAGACAUUGCUGAUUAUCCCUUUACAACUCUGAUGCCAAACCUUGGACGCCUUGAUGGUGACCCUUCUUUAGGGGCAGCUAUGUACUCCUCUGAAGCCACAUUGGCAGAUUUGCCUGGUCUUAUUGAAGGUGCUCAUUUGGGCAAGGGUUUGGGUCGUAAUUUCCUUAGGCAUUUGAGGAGGACUCGGUUGCUGGUCCAUGUUGUUGAUGCUGCUGCAGAGGAUCCUGUGAAAGACUACAAAACAGUUAAAGAAGAGUUGCGGAUGUAUAAUCCUGAUUACCUUGAACGACCAUUCAUUGUGGUGUUGAACAAAAUUGACCUUCCACAGGCAAUGGACAGGCUUCCAUCGCUGACUGAGGAAAUUCUCAAAAUUGGUCAGGAUAGUGGACCCACACCAUUGGUAUCAGGUGCAAGCUCUGAAGGUACAUCUCAGAAUGUGCUGACAUCCUUUGCACCUAACGGUACACUUCCAUCAGAUUCUGAGAAAACAAAAAGAGAUAUGGAGAUUGAGGAAUAUCCACGAGCUCUCGCUGUUGUAGGAGUCAGUGUUUUGAAGGGAAUCAAUAUAUCAGAGAUGUUGGAAGAAAUAAGGAAAGGGUUACGGAAAUGUCGUGAUACAACUCAAGAAUUGCCAAUACAGCAGCAACGUUAAGAGUUGGGUUACAUGUCAAAGGUUUAAUACUGAUAUAUGUUGGCCAAGCGAUGAGCCGGUGAGCUGAGUUGUAUAAAAAACAUGACAUUACGGAAGAUAAGGUCAGGUCAUCAUGCAAAUGCAGAUGCAGAGUCAGAUAACCACUAUGCAGAUGACUGGCCUGCAAUAUUAAGGCUUAUAUCUUUACAAGAGUCUAAUUGAGAAUAAAGUUGAUAAAUCCUGCUGGGUCUUUCGGCCUUUGCAACAUGUAGCUGGGUUUGUUAAGCUUCAAAUUAAGUUUUCGGACCUCCACAACUGCACUACAGCUCUAGUCUUUAGUCUCUAGUGGUAUGGAAGGCUUGUACUUGUUGAAAUACCCACACGCUCACAUCACUAGUGGCUAGAUCAUGAAUAUUUUUUUUGUCUCCACUGUAAUUUUCACUUUUUAAUGAAACAAUAACCGAGUACAGUUUGUUUUUAGUCUAA